AUGUACGCAUCUCGGACAGUCUGUUCAAGAUGCUCAUCUCAAUGGCGAUCGACCCCAGUUUCAGCUUCAGCCUCGACUAAGCGGCUUGGGGCUGCAGCCUCUUAUUCCACCGCAGCUGAGACCAGGUCGCCAGCAUCCUCAAGGCCAACCAACACAAGAAGGGAUUCACAAUCGCGACAUCCGGGUCAAAGAAAAGGAUAUAAUGCCUUCAAAGAAAACAGGCAAUCCGAUGAGGACCCAGCAUUGGCCCUCUUCAAAGAGGUUGUGAGCCCCAGGGAGGUUAUAACUCCCAAAGACACAACUUAUGUCACUACGUCUCCGCCUAUUCGGAGUGAGCUUGAAAUCACCACAUUACUUAACGCCUUGAUAUCACCAAAGGUGUCCAUGGAAAAAAUGUACAAGAUUUUUCAGGACGAGAUCUGGCCAAGCAUCAUAGCACUUGGAGGCCACAUCCCCAAACCAAUUUACACGGCCACGCUUCAACUGCUCGCCAAACAACGCGACUACAUGAUUGAGAGAGGUGAUUACAACAACAGUCUGGACAUAGCGCAGAAGUACAGAGACCUCGGAGUUUACGACCUGAGCAUCAGGAACGACCUCAUCCUGAGCUUGUGCUGUAGGGUAUUGCAGGUAAAGAACAGCUCAAAGGACCGUUCAGAAUUGAGAGCGAGGAUCCUCAAUUUGUGGAAACAUGUUUCUCAACUCAAGCGGCCUAGCGAGGCCCGCCAGACGCUACGCUUUGCGCUGCCUUCUGCGACAGAAGUCCUGAAGGAUAUCUCUCAGUACAUCAAGAGUGAUGGAUCCAUGUCUCGGGGAGAACAAGCAACUCGUGCGUUAGCCUCUAUAUUUCUCCAAUUCUCACCUCCACAAGCACGAGAAAUCAUGCCCGCGCUCUUGGCCAGUAUGGCUAUCGCAUCCGAUACAAGAUACGGAGGUCUUUCAUACAAGGCAAUGCUGUCGCCUUUGUUCUUCCUUAUCAAGCCUGUGCUAUCAAAGUACACUAUGACGCGAGCUGAUGUCGAGGCUGCAUUCUCCAAGCCUUCUUCUGUCCCUCCUGCAAGGCUCGCAGAACUUGAAGAAUAUGUUUCAAAACAGUGGCCGAUGGCAGUCGAAAUGAUCAACAAUACCAAAAAGGAGACUAAACUUCACCACGAUCCUGACGCGCACAGAAGUAUCAUCAACUUCCACAGGCAGCUACGAACGGCUUAUACAAGGCGCGAUCCAGGCGCUAUCGGCUCCAUCUGGCAUUCAGUGACAGCCAAGCUGCAAGACAGUCCGGCCUUCAAAGCCGAACUGGCCGAGGACUCCGACUUUCUCGACUUCUGGGUUUUUGUGUGGUGUGCGAUCCGUCGGCCAAUUCAAACUCAAGAGACGAUCAACCUCAUGAAAUCGCUCAAGCUUGAGCCCACAAUUAGGACGUACACGAGCAUGAUGCACGGAUGGAAGAUGUGCAAGGAUAUCAGCAGGAUUGAAAUGCUGUGGGAUCAACUUGUCAAGUCCGGUACAAAGUUGGACAGCGUCAUCUGGACUGAGCGUGUGUCGGCUCUUAUUGAGCUCGGACAACAUCAAAAGGGCAUCGAGGCACUUUCAGAAAUGCUAGACAAUUGGCGCCAGGCGGUCAAGAAUGGAACUCAGGACCAGGCUGUGGAGCCCAACAUCGAGACUGUCAACGCUGCCUUCAAGGGCUUGCUACAUGCAAAUCCCAAGGCGGCGCAUGAGCUGCUAGGCUGGGCUGGAAAGCAAGGUAUUGAGCCCAAUACCCGUACAUACAACAUCCUCAUUCGUGAGACCAUCCGUUUGGGUCACCACGACGAGAUCAGCCAGCUUCUGCGUUCCAUGCAGACACAUGGUGUUGAGCCUGAUUCCGCCACAUUCACCAUUCUCCUUGAAACUGUCAUUGGUAGCAUGCGCGAUGCCAGUGCCGAGGAGCAGGUCUCUGCCAUGAAGUCUGUCUUUAGCGAAAUCGAGCAAGCCGGCCUCAAACCCAAUCUCGAGACGUACGGCAAGGUGCUUUACACCCUGGACGGUCUCCCCAACUGCUCUGACGAUGUCAUUGCCGCACUGCAGCAGCACAUGCGCGGAAAUGGUUUCGGUUCCCGUCUCACUCCGCACAUGAUCACCAUCCUAGUCGAGCGUGCCCUUCGUCAUAACCCUCCGGAUGUGAACAAGAUUCGCUCUCUGCUCAAGGAGAACAACCUCACUACAAUCUCCAGCGGCGACCAAACACUCUGGGAGCGCGUUACGGCUGCUUAUGCCAUCAGCGGCUGUGUCAAAGAAGCCAUGGCUAUCUUUGACGACCUCGCUGACUCUGGUCGCCCCGUCACGUCGCUGGCGUCUCUCACCGACCUGGUCCAGGCGCUCCUCCAGCAUGGAGACAAGGAGACUGCUCAGAGGGUUGUGGAUAUCGUAGUCGAGCACCAGCUCAACAACAAACAAGCCGACAAGGAUGCGAACCAAAGGUACUGGAAGCACCACUUUUGGUACAUGGCUCAACACAAUGGUUUGGUGGAUGGUGCCAAGCUGAGGCAGUAUUCUCGUAGGUAA